AUGCCGGUAAGACGAGGCCACGUGGCUCCGCAGAACACCUUCUUGGAUACCAUCAUACGCAAGUUCGAGGAACAGAAUAGAAAGUUUAUCAUCGCCAAUGCACAGGUGGAGAACUGUGCGAUUAUAUUCUGUAAUGACGCCUUCUGUGGGAUGUGUGGUUAUACCCGGGCAGAGGUGAUGCAGAAGUCCUGCACCUGCAGCUUCCUGUAUGGACCUCACACCAGGAGACCAGCGAUGGCCCAGAUGGCUAAAGCUCUGCUGGGAGCAGAGGAGAGGAAGGUGGAGAUUUCACUUUACACUAAAGAAGGAGUGUGUUUAAACUGUGAAAUAGACGUGGUUCCAUUGAAGAAUGAAGACGGACUGGUCAUAAUGUUCAUCCUCAACUUUGAGCUUCCCACUGACCCCAGACCAGCCAACAGCUCACCAGCCAGAGAGCUCAGCAGAGUUCUGCACUUCCCCUGGCUGGCUGUGGAUUGGCGGCAGCGUCUGCACCUUUUCCUCCGCUCCCUCACCUCCACUUCAGGUGCCCUGUCCCACGACACAGAGCUGGGUUCUCCUCAUGCUGACCUCCCUCCCUUUGGUCAUGAAUCUGUGGCCCUGGACAAACUGCUGGCCCUCCCUCAGAGGCAGCAGCUGGAGGAGGCUGAGCUAAUGCUGAGGGAUAAAGAAGAUGCGGAGGAUAAUGAGGAGGAACAAAUAGGAGGAGCAGGGAGAGGAGGAGAGAGGGAUGGCAUGGAGGCACCCAGGCGAAGUAGUGAGGGAGACAGAAAGAGAAGAGAGGGAGGGGAUGAUGAUGUUCUUCUGGUGGACACAAGAACAGGAGGCGGAGGAGGAGGAGGAGGAGGAGGAGGAGGAGGGGGAGGGAGGAGAGGGGGGGUACUUCACACUGGUCGGCCCCCAUCUCCAACAUCAGCCCAGCCAUCGACAGCCCUGCACCUUACCUCCACUCAUGCUGUGCCAAGGAAAGCGCAGAGAAGGAGAGGCCAGGGUGAAGAUGGAAUCCACCCUCCGUCCAGUAGCUUUGAGGGCCAAUGUGGUACUUUAAAACAUUCCUCAUCGGUGGACGAUAUCAAGAGUGGGCAGAGUUACUGGGAAAAGAGGCUGCAGCUGAGGAACAGCUGUACAGCUCGUAUGGUAACCGGCAGAAAGAACAGUGGGCCAGUUGGGACAUCAGACACUGAUUUGCGUUGCCGAACCAGCAGCCAGCAGAUGACCCAAAUCCCUCUGGCCCACUUACCUCCUGGUGAAAUCAGACCUCCUUGCAAACUGAUCGACAGAACGCACCAUGUCACUGAGAAGGUCACUCAGGUCCUGUCUCUGGGGGCUGAUGUGUUGCCAGAGUAUAAACUGCAGACUCCCAGGAUCCACAAGUGGACCAUCCUUCACUACAGUCCAUUCAAAGCUGUGUGGGACUGGGUGGUUCUGCUCUUAGUGAUUUACACAGCAAUUUUCACCCCUUACUCAGCUACAUUUCUACUGAGUGACCAGGAGGAAGCAGCCAUGCAGACCUGUGGUUACUCAUGUUCCCCCCUCAAUGCGGUGGAUCUUGUUGUGGACAUCAUGUUCAUCGUGGACAUCAUUAUCAACUUCAGGACCACAUAUGUUAACUCCAAUGAUGAGGUGGUGAGCCAGUCCUCUCGGAUUGCUGUCUACUACUUCAAGGGCUGGUUCCUUAUUGACAUGGUGGCAGCCAUUCCCUUCGAUCUCCUCAUCUACCGCUCAGGAGAGGACACGGUCAGGGGAGGUGGAGAAGGCGAGACCACCACCCUGAUUGGUUUACUGAAGACAGCUCGGUUACUUCGAUUGGUUCGUGUAGCCAGGAAGUUGGAUCGGUACUCUGAGUAUGGUGCAGCAGUCCUCUUCCUCCUUAUGUGCACCUUUGCCCUCAUCGCACACUGGCUGGCCUGUAUCUGGUAUGCCAUAGGAAAUGUGGAGCGGUCAACCUCAGUUGGGAUUGGUUGGUUGGACAAUCUGGGUGAGCAGCUGGGGAAACCGUACAAUGACUCCAUCCUGGCGUCGGGUCCAUCCAUUAGAGACAAAUAUGUCACGGCUCUGUACUUCACCUUCAGUAGUCUGACCAGUGUGGGCUUCGGGAACGUCUCCCCAAACACCAACUCUGAGAAGAUCUUCUCCAUCUGUGUCAUGCUCAUUGGCGCUUUGAUGUACGCCAGUAUUUUUGGUAACGUGUCAGCCAUUAUCCAGCGGCUUUACUCUGGUACGGCGCGCUACCAUGCCCAGAUGAUGAGGGUUCGAGAGUUCAUCCGUUUCCACCAGAUCCCUAACCCUCUAAGGCAGCGGCUGGAGGAGUACUUCCAACAUGCCUGGUCUUACACUAAUGGAAUUGAUAUGAAUGCUGUAUUAAAAGGGUUCCCAGAGUGUCUCCAGGCAGAUAUUUGUCUCCACCUCAACAGGUCACUGCUGCAGAACUGCAACGCUUUCAAAGGAUCCACAAAGGGCUGUCUGAGGGCCCUGGCCAUGAGGUUUAAGACCACCCACGCUCCUCCAGGUGACACCCUGGUCCAUGCUGGCGACCUGAUCUCAGAUCUGUACUUCAUUUCCAGAGGGUCGAUAGAGAUCGUCAAAGGAGACGUGGUGGUGGCUAUACUGGGUAAGAAUGAUAUCUUUGGGGAGCCCAUCAAUUUGGAUGCUUUGCCAGGAAAAUCCAGUGCUGAUGUCAGAGCUCUGACCUACUGUGACCUGCACAAGAUAAACAGAGAGGAUAUGUUGGAGGUCAUGGACAUGUAUCCUGAGUUUUGUGAAUAUUUCUGGUCCAACUUGGAGAUCACCUUCAAUCUCAGAGACGUGUUUAAUGAAGCUGUGGGUCUUCUGAGUAGACACAACUCAGACCGUGAGGGCUUCAGUCGGCCCCAGAGGAAACACUCAGGUGUCACCAUCUCAGCAAAGAGACAGAAAUCUGCCUUCGGAUGUGGAAGACAACUCAGUAACUUGGAGCACUGUGACGGCCAUGAUCAUAAACAUACACUAUAUGGCUCUGUGUUCUCCAGUGAGGAUGAAGUGGAGGAGUUAGAUGGGACCAGUCCUCAGACGUGUGUCACCACCAGGCGCAGAUCGACUGACGCGUUUCCAGGAGUGUCCAGCAUCUUCACGUUCUUGAGCUCGGAGAGUCGAGUGGAACACCCGUACCAGGAAGUGCCCUGCUCCCACAGCCUCACCUCACCGCCUUCUCAGCCUCCCCCUCACAAGCUUCUUUACCUGCCCUCCUCCCCCUCCCACUGUCCCUCCAGCCCUCCUAUUCCUCCUACCGCCAUCAUCUCUGGGAGGCAGAGAGUGGAGCUGGAGAAAAGGUUAGAUGGUUUGCAGCGACAGAUAACCAGGUUGGAGUCUUGUAUGUCAGCAGACAUCAGGACCAUUAUGCAGCUGCUUCAAAAGCAGACACCAGCAAUCCCACCUUCCUACAGCACCCUGACGUCAUCUCCGAACGCAGCGUCCUCCCCCAUCCUGUCCCACACUGUCCCCUCCCCAUCUGGUGCCCCAAUCCCUGUCUUCCCCACCGACGAGUCACCAUCCGGGCCAAAUGAAAACCAAGAUCAAGUCCUGCAGGAACUUCCGGAAUCUGAUUCCAUCAAUUGAGGUUCCACUGUGUAUCUCACCUCGUCACCCCCUCACACCCAUGGCUCACACUUUAACACGUCUUAAUAUUAGUCAUCAUUUUUCUCUCCCUGUUUUACACCUCCAUCUCUCCCCAUAAUCCUCAAAACUCCAUCCUGUCUUCCUCCUUGCUCCUUACCCAGAUAGGUAUGUCAGUGUGCGUCUGUAAUCCUCACCCUCGCCUCCCUCUUCUGUCUCACAGAUACUGUUAACUUAAAGCAAAUCAAAUAAAACUCUGAACAUUCACAGAAUAAUUUGGUUUAGAAAAUACAUAUAUAAGAAAGUUGCACAUAGUUGAAUUGUGAACCAGGCAGUAUGAAUAAUGAACAAAAUACAGUCAAUCAAAUCAUGAGAUGCCAUUUUUUUCGAACUUAUUAUUAUUUCCUCAGACUCCUGACAGAAGACUGGAAGCAAAUGUUACUAUGUAGUGUAGGAGUUGGUGGUUGAGCACACAGCUGCACACAUGCAUAUUUGUUUUCAAGCCGACAGAGAAGAUCCUGCAACCUCACUGCUGCCAGCUCCUAUAAAGGACUGGCAUCUGAAGGGGAACCUUCCUGAUGGGUAACAUCGGGCCUGCAAGCAAAUUGUAAAUAGAAAGUGAGAUAUUAAUGGGCAUGAUAUGUAAUGUUAUUAAUAGUAGAAGCACCUGUUAUUAAUUAUCUUAAUAAAAAAAGUGGAGUCAGCAGUUUAUGCAGUGGUGGUUAGCUCUCUGGACUAUAGAUAUGUGGUUUUAUUGACAACAAAAUGUUUAAUAAAGAGUAAGUAGAGCAGAUAACAGCUCUCCAUUAUUAUGUCUCAAUAUGGCUUAGCAGACAGAUAACAUAUACAAGUUCACUGUAUAUUAGCAGCAGAAAGCCUUUUUAUUUGUGUUGCCUAUUUGCAUUGACUGGAAAAUGUGUGUGAAUAAAGCUGACAUGAUGAAAUGUAACAAUAGAAAUGCCUGUAUGUUUUAGUGGUGCCAUCAGAGUGAUGUAUUCAAAGCCACGUGUCAUAGUAGAAGGUCGUAA